AUGAAAAUAUUCGCAUUUUGGGUCUUGUUUGCUCUUGCUAAUGGAAUGUUCUUACCAAAUAACGGUGAACUGAUGAGUGACGUAAAAGAACGGAGUGAUGCAGAAUCAACAACUCGCCAGAAAAGAUACGCUCAUGAGAUGCCCUGGUCGAAGAAUGAAUUCACCUUUUCUAUUUUGAAAUACACAAGAGAUCUACCACGCAGCACUCAGGAAAAUAUUCUGGGAAAGGCGUUUGAGAUUUGGCAUAAAGCUGCACCACAGUUGAAGUUUGAAUUCGAGAGGUAUAAUGCUAAAGCGGAUUUCACGAUCAGGUUUGUGAAGGGGGCUCAUGGUGACAGUCAGGCAUUUGAUGGCGCAGGUCCACUUAUUGCCCAUGUUUUUGCUCCAGAAAGUGGAAAGAUCCAUUUCGAUGAUGAUGAAAGGUUCACAGAUAAAUCAAGACACGGCAUCAAUCUGCUAUCCGCUGCAGUCCACGAAAUCGGACAUGCCUUAGGCUUGCGACAUUCCAAAAGAAAAACCUCCGUGAUGUACAAACUCCACCACAAAUACAAUGGCAAAGACAUCUCUCUGGAUUCCGAUGACAUCAAAGACAUCCAAGAACUAUAUCGUAUCCACCCAAUGGAUCGUGGAAACCCGAAUUGCAAAGACAAAAAUCGCCGAUUGUGUGAUGUAUAUAAAAAGGAAGGAUACUGCCAGCCUGAUUACGAAGACAUUAUGAAAGAAUUUUGUCAGUUCACAUGCGAUCUCUGUGAAUCCUAACACUGAAGACAUACUGUGACAUGCUUACCACACACACUGAAAUAACAAUAUAACAUAAAAGCCAAAGGCGAUUAUUCUGUAAAAUACUUUGUUUGAACCAGUACAAGUUACAUAAGUUGAUCUUAUAUGUAACUAUGAAAAUCUUCAGUGCAUAAAU